AUGGCCGGCCUAAAAGUGUAUUAUGAUCUUUUGUCUCAACCAUCGCGGGCACUCUACCUUUUUCUUAAAGUCAACAAGAUUCCAUUUAUUGAUAAAGUUGUGGCUCUACGUAAAGGAGAACAUUUUAAUGAAGAAUUUACCAAAGUAAAUCGAUUCCAAAAAGUACCAGUCAUUGAUGACAAUGGAUUUGUCUUACGAGAAAGUGUGGCAAUUCUCAAAUACCUGACUCUAAAGUAUAAACUUGAAGAUCAUUGGUAUCCAAGUGAUUUUCAACAACAGAUCCGAGUUGAUGAAUAUCUUCACUGGCAACAUGCCAACACCAGACUUAAUGCAGCAAUGAUAUUCCGUACUAUUAUGAUCGAACCUUAUAGGACAGGUAAGCCAAUUAAAUGGAACUUGGUUGAGCACUUUAAAGGUGAAGUGUCAAAGACAGUUGAACAUUUGGAGAAGGAUUUCCUUCAGGAUGGACCCUAUCUGUGCAACCAACCAACGAUUUCUAUCUGCGAUAUUCUUGGUGCUUGUGAACUGAUGCAACUUAAUGGAGUACAUGAGGAACAGCUGUAUGAAUCCAAUGCAACUGUUAAAAAGUGGAUGGAACAAGUCAAGAAGGAUUUGGCCCCACAUUUUGAAGAGGCCCAUAAAAUUGUCUAUAUGGUGAGAGAAAUGUAUGGAAAAACAAAAGGCAAACUGUAA